UCUUGUCUACCCCGAUUUUCUUUCACUUUCAGUCAAUGUCUCAAAUGAAAUGGCAAGGCGAUUAUGAAGUAAAAGUUAUUUAUCCAUGUAGAACUGCUAAAUUAUUAAUAAUUCUUAUAGUUUUAAAUGCGUUUAUUUGUUGUAUGUCCUCCAAAGUGAGAUUUAGCGAACAGGAAAUAGAAUGGAUUCUUGCCUCUCAUAUUGGUGUUGCAACCCUGACUUGUCUGUUGGUAUUCAAAUUUGAAACUAAAUCAGAGAGCAUGUUAGUGGUGCCAGCAGUUGGAAUCAAUGUUUCUAGUGUCAACAGAUUGGGACAAGUAAAUACAGAGUUCUUUCCAAGGCAGCUUGUUCAAGACGUAGUAAUUGUGGAAGCUAUAAUCAUGCAAAAGUUUUCCACAUAUCUUGCAAUUCUUUAUCAAGACCCUACUUCAGGUCAGAAGAAAAUAAAGCCAAUGUUCUUGAAAUCCAGAUUAAAAAUAGAGGAAUUGAAAUCCAUAUACCAGAAAGUACAGGAGAAUCUCAAGUUUGUGUCGGAAAAGAGGAGUUGACCAAGACUGUUAUAGGAAUUUUAAAGUGAACAACACAUAGCUCAACAAUAAUUUUUGCUAUUUUUAUGCCCCUGUAAUAGAAGAUUCCAGGGCAUAUAGUUUUUGGUCUGUCUGAUUGUCUGCUAAAAUUUGACCUUGCCCAUGUAAAUUUUGAUUGGUUGGAGCUAUGGCUUUCAUGUUUCACAUGUGUAUUCCUCGUGACAAGAGCUUUCCUUAUGUACCAAUAUUUUUUAUCUCUUGACCUUAGAGUUUGACUUGCAUUUGAGAAUUUUUACCUACCCUAGCUGUCAUACGGGAGUAUUAGUGUUACACAAACACAUCUUGUUAUUAUUGCAAUUGAACAAUACAAUAUAUACUAGUCUAUUCUUUUACUAUUUAGUCUGUUUUUCUUUUUCAUCUAAUUGCCAAUAUGUUCUCCCACCUCUUUUGUAAUUUUAUAUGUAUAUUUCUUUAUUUAUUAUAAUAAAUAUAUUUUGUACACUGAA